UUGUCUGAUGACUGUCAACUCACUAACUCUCUGGAAGUUUCAAACAACAUACUUGGAACAUAUUUAUAUUUAUUUUCUGUAAGGUCGUGAAGCAGCGGUGUACUGUCUAAACAGUCUCUGUGUGAAAGGUGUAGCCUGUGCUCUGCAUCUCUCAGCAUGGGCCCCAAGAAGAAAAGUGUCUGGGAGAACCUGCGUGAGAAGACCAAGACCCAGUUUAACAACAUAAAGAAGAAGACAACCCCGGGGAAGCUGGAUGAGAAAAAGCCCAAGCCCCUGCAUUAUAGACUCAGUAUGUCAGUGCCGGACUUGAGAAUGAGUGCACCUGUGGAGACACAAACUCUCUAUGAUGAAUCAGAAGAGGAGGACAUGGCAACCUUUAUGGGCAGAAUCCACAUGCCAUCAGACAAAUGGAACACACCUGCAGAGAGAUCAACUUCUUCUGCUUCUUCUACUUCAGCAGAAAGAGUAAAAAUACCAGCGGACAGAGGGAACCCACCCGUACCUACCCCGAAAUCAAAUGCUCCAAAUAUACAUGUGUGCACAACAAGAUUGACUUCAUCAGUGGAGGGAAUUAAUGUUUCUACAGAAAGAUUGCUCUUCUCUGAAGACAGAGUGGCCGCUAGGGACCGAGACAGAUUGAACAUCCCUCCAGAUAGAUGGUCUCUGCCAGUGAACAGGGCGGACAGGAUGGGCACCCCUGCUGACAGUAUGGACGGUUCUGCGUGUGGAACCCCAUUAGAGAAAGAACCCUACAUGUUCUGGCCCACUGACUCUGAGGACUUGGAUAUGCCAGAGCCCCCCGUAUCCACAUACAUCAGAGACAUCUUCUGCAGGGAGCUUCAGGAAGACAUUGAGUUACCCAACGAGCACAAUGACUUCUAUGCCCAGCCCUUGCAGGAUCAAGCAGGCAACAAUGCUAUGGCAGCAGGGAGCCAACCUGGUCCUAUUCAGAAGUACCUCCUCACUGUCAACCUGAAGGAGGGCAGGAACCUGGUCAUCAGAGACCGUCACGGUACAAGUGAUCCUUAUGUCAAGUUCAAACUGGAAGGAAAGACGUUUUACAAAAGCAAAGUUGUGCAUAAGAACCUGAAUCCAAAAUGGAGUGAGUCCUUCUCUUUCCCCCUGCAGGAUUGGGAGCAGGUUGUCGACGUGAGGGUCUAUGAUAAGGACCGUACCACUGAUGAAUUCAUGGGUUCCAGCACAAUUGUGAUCAAAAACCUUGAAUUAGACAAGACCAGUGAGAUGGUGCUAAGUCUGGAGGACCCCAGCAGUCUGGAGGAUGACAUGGGCGUCAUCGUCAUUGACACAUGCCUAACUUUCAGAGAUGCUACGAUCAAAAGACCAAAACGGCACCAGAAAAAUAGAAGAAGAUUUAGGGGAGGCCAGAACCAGAAGGGGGACCAGCCCCAGGAUAAGGACCAGACCCAGGAUUCAGCUGAGGCCACCAAUAUGAGCCAGCUGUGGAGUGGCGUGUUUGGUAUUACCCUGUUAGAGGGACAGGACAUGCCUGAAUACAGCCAGGGAGACAUCUAUGUGCGUUACAGACUGGGAGAGCAGAAGUACAAGAGCAAGAACCUGCGCAUUCAGGCCAACCCUCGGUGGAGGGAGAAGUUUGACUUCAACAAGUAUGAGAACUGGCUGGAGCCACUGAAUGUGGAGGUGUUUGUUAAGAGAGGCAGAAAGAGUGAGGAAUCCUGGGGAAUGUUUGAGGUGGACCUGUCCAAGCUGCCAGUAAACACACAGCAGCUCUACACACAAGCCCUGGACCCAGGCAAAGGCAGGCUGAUAUUACUGGCCACCUUCAACCCCUGCAGUGAUGUCUCCAUAUCAGACAUUAACAAACCUCCCCUAGAACAGCCAGACGAGAGGGACCAAAUACUGGAGAAAUAUAGUUUGAAGAACUCUCACAAAGGUGUGAGGGAGGUUGGCUUCCUUCAAGUCAAGGUUUUCAAUGCAACAGAUCUCACAUCAACUGAUCUCAAUGGGAAAAGUGAUCCAUUCUGUGUACUGGAGCUGGGGAACAGCAGGCUACAGACUCACACCAUCUACAAAACACUCAACCCUGAGUGGAACAAAGUCUUUACUUUCCCAGUAAAGGACAUCCAUGAUGUGUUGGAGCUGAAGGUCUUUGAUGAAGACGGAGACAAAGCCCCAGACUUUUUGGGCAGAGUGGCCAUUCCACUACUCUCUGUUCAGAAUGGACAGCCGGUCACCCGAGGGUUGAAGAAUGAGAACUUGAGGGGUCCAGCCAAAGGGACCAUCUCACUGGUGAUGGAGGUCCACUAUAACCCAGUUAGAGCCGGCAUCAAAACCUUCAAACCUAAAGAGGAGAAAUUCAUGGAGGUCAACAGAAAAUUCUCCAAAAAGGUCCUUGCCCAGAAUAUCUACAGAGUUCGGAAAAUCACCCUGGCAGUGCUGCAUACGUUACAGUACAUUAAAAGCUGUUUUCAGUGGGAGAGCACACAGCGGAGUAUAAUAGCCUUCCUGACCUUCAUGGUGAUGGUGUGGACCUGGGAGCUCUUCAUGAUGCCCAUCUUCCUGCUGCUGCUUAUUGGCUGGAACUACUUCCAGGUCACCCCGGGGAGGGUCAGCAGCAAUCAGGACCUGACGAACAUGACCGAUGAUGAGGAGGAAGAUGAGAAGGAAUCUGGGAAAAAGGGACUGAUGGAGAAAAUCCAUAUGGUUCAAGAGAUCAUCAUCACUGUCCAAAACAUUUUGGAUGAAAUCGCAUGCAUAGGGGAAAGAGUCAAGAACACAUUCAACUGGUCUGUGCCCUUCCUGUCCUGCCUGGCCUGCUUGGUUCUCUUUGUGGCAACAGCAGCAUUAUACUACAUCCCACUGCGCUACAUUAUCUUCAUAUGGGGCAUUAACAAAUUUACCAAGAAGCUGCGCAACCCGUAUGCCAUUGACAAUAAUGAAAUACUGGAUUUCAUCAAGAGGGUGCCCUCUGAUGUUCAAAAGGUGCAGUACAGUGAGCUGAGAGCACCCAGCGUCCAGAGCCCACCACGAAGGAGAAGGUAAGCCCCUUGGACGUGCUGGAUGAAAGGACCAGGCUCCUUCUGAACACGGCACAGCCCAGUCUGCUACGAUGACAACGCUCCAGUGCCAGCAGAACCUGCGACCCCUUAUCCCCCUGCUCCCCCCUCUCCCCUGCCCCGUGCUGCGGGGGUGCAGUCAGCCGCUCUCCCGCUUGUGUGUCUGCCACCCCCCUGACAGGGGCUGUGCACUGCACCGGGCUAGGAGGGCAGCACAUGGAGCUGUCAAUCAUAGAGCCAGAGACACCGUCCGCCCACUCCGGCCCAGCUUGCAUCCAUUCAUACAUUUUACAAAAAGAAUGAGAGCUAGAGUUUGGUUUAACUCAAACCACUGCUGUUUUGCUUUUAUAGAUUUGAAUAGUAACACCUUGAUCAGACUUGACAGCCUCAUUGCAUCAAGGCUGCCUAAAAUAUUCUGCAGUCAAACCUUUUUCAUUAUGUAAUCCAACAUUUGUGCUGCAACAAAAGUUAAACAUUCCCCUUUUGCUACUAUUUCUGUCAAGUCUAUGCAUACAAUUUGAUGUUUACAUUGGAUUUAUCCAACAUAUGCACCACACGAAACACACUGCAACUGCCUCUGCAACGCAAUGCUGCAAGUCAAACACAGCGUUACAUUGGAAAUGAAUGUACUUCUGAUGUACAAAAUGCGCCUUCGGUCAGAUCACGGCGUUCAACUGAACUGCUGCAAUGCUUUGACUCAUUUACAUUUUCAUUUCAUAUAAGGGCAAAUACAAUACUGUAACUGUGCUAAAUCCAGUUAUUACUUUGUGGUCACAUUUAUUUAUUAUUAUUAUGUAUUUUUUUUAUUUACCCCCCUCUUCGGAGGACACAUCUUGUUUAUUUAUUUACAGCUUUUCUGCUACAAUUAACAAAUCAAAUCAAAUUGUAUUUGUCACAUGCGCCGAAAACAGUGUAGACCUUACCAUGAAAUGCUUACUUACAAGCCCUUAACCAACAGUGCAGUUCAAGAAGAGUUAAGAAAAUAUUUACCAAAUAAGCUAAAGUAAAAAAUAAUGAAAAGUAACACAAUAAAUAACAAUAACGAGGCUAUAUACAGGGGGUACCGGUACCAAGUCAAUGUGCGGGGGUACAGGUUAGUCAAGGUAAUUUGUACAUGUAGGUAGGGGUGAAGUGACUAUGCAUAGAUAAUAGCAGCUGUGUACAAAACAAAUGGAGUACCAGUCUUUAUUUUUUACUAUUUUCUACAUUGUAGAAUAGUAGUGAAGACAUCAAAAUUAUAAAAUCACACAUAUGGAAUCAUGUAGUAACCAAAACAGUGUUAAAUAAAUCCAAAUAUAUUUUACAUUCUUCAAAGUAGGCAUUCUUUGCCUUGAUGACAGCUUUGCACACUCUUGGCAUUCUCUCAACCAGCUUUACCUGGAAUGCUUUUCCAACAGUCUUGAAGGAGUUCCCACAUAUGCUGAGCACUUGUUGGCUGCUUUUCCUUCACUCUGCGGUCCAACUCAUCUCAAACCAUCUCAAUUUGGUUGAGGUCGGGUGAUUGUGGAGGCAGGGUGAUCUGAUGCAGCACUCUAUCACUCUCCUUCCUGGAAAAAUAGCCCCUACACAGCCUGGUGGUGUGUAGGGCCCAAACCAGAUGGGAUGUGCCUUGAAUUAUAAAUAAAUCAGUGUCACCAGCAAAGCACCCCCACCACAUAACACCUCCUCAUCCAUGCUUUACAGUGGGAAAUAUAAAUGCGGAAAUCAUCCGUUCACUCACACUGCGUCUCACAAUGACACAGCGGUUGGAACCAAAAAUCUCACAUUUUGACUCCAGACCAAAGCACAAAUUUCCACUGGUCUAAUGUCCAUUGCUCGUGUUUCUUGGCCCAAGCAAGUCUCUUCUUAUGAUUGUUGUCCUUUAGUAGUGGUUUCUUUGCAGCAAUUUGACCACGAAGGCCUGAGUCACACAGUCUCCUCUGAACAUUUGAUGUUGAGAUGUGUCUGUUACUUGAACUCUGUGAAGCAUUUAUUUGGGCUGCAAUUUCUAAGGCUGGUAACUCUAAUGAACUUAUCCUCUGCAGCAGAGUUAAUUCUGGGUCUUCCAUUCCUGUGGCGGUCCUCGUGAGAGUCAGUUUCAUCAUAGUGCUUGAUGGUUUUUGCAACUGCUCUUGAAGAAACUUCAUGUCUUAAAAUAAAAUACCUUGUCACAACACAACUGAUUGGCUCAAAUGCAUUAAGAAGGAAAGAAAUUCCACAAAUUUACUUUAAAAAAGGCACACCUAUUAAUUGAAUUGCAUUCCAGGUGACUAUCUCAUGAAGCUGGUUGAGAGAAUGCCAAGAGUGUGCAAAGCUGUCAAUCAAGGCAAAGGGUGGCUAUUUGAAGAUUCUCAAAUAUAAAAUAUUUUUGGAUUUGUGUAACACUUUUUAAUUUACUACAUGUUUCCAUAUGUGUUAUUUCAUUGUUUUCACUUUUCAUCUACAAUUUAGAAAAUAGUCAAAAAAAUAAAGAAAAACGAAAUCCUUUGUAUAUCAUUAUUUUAAUUCAAAUGUCAAUUCACUGUACAAUCAUUUGUAUAAAUUACCAGAAUAUUUUUUAUAAUGAAGAAUACAUUUUCGGAAUCGAGCCAAAGGAAAGUUUGAUACAUGUAACUUUGAGUUUCCAGUCUACUGUGCAACUUCUCAGGUUUCCUGUUUUGGUAUGUUCUUCUUUGUAUAUCCUCAAAUCAAUUUUUUUAUGAAUUGUAAAAUAUAGAAACAAUCCCA